AACUCUUUGCGCCUGUGCACUCGGUGCGGGGGCCGCCCCAGCUACCGCCGCCCCUGCAGCAGCUCUAUCUAUGGUCUCUCCCUAGAGCUUUGCCGUUGAGGGUAGCUGCUGCGGCUGUGUUCGCCCCGCGCGGCAGCGACAUGGAGGAAUUCGAUUCCGAAGACUUCUCCACCUCGGAGGAGGACGAAGACUACGUUCCAUCCGGUGGAGAGUAUAGUGAAGAUGAUGUAAAUGAAUUAGUGAAGGAAGAUGAAGUGGAUGGUGAAGAGCAGACACAGAAAACCAAAGAGAGAAAAAGAAAGACUCAGAGCAUUCCGGCCAGGAAGAGAAAACAAGGUGGCCUCUCAUUAGAAGAAGAGGACGAGGAGGAUGCCAGCGAGGAAUCUGGAGGAAGUAGUAGUGGGGAGGACGAUGCAGCUGCAGAGCCAGAAGAAGGCAUUGAGUCAGAGGAUGCAAGGAAAAGGAAGGAGGAUGAACUGUGGGCCAGCUUCCUCAGUGACGUAGGACCAAAGUCAACAGUGCCUCCGCGCACACGAGUUAAAAGAGGAGAGGAGGCUGAAGAGACAAGUUCCAGUAAGUUGUUGGUCAAAGCAGAAGAGCUAGAGAAACCUAAAGAAACAGAAAAAGUUAAAAUCACCAAGGUGUUUGAUUUUGCUGGUGAAGAAGUCAGGGUGACUAAGGAAGUGGAUGCUACAUCUAAAGAAGCCAAAUCCUUCUUCAAGCAAAAUGAGAAAGAAAAACCCCAGGCUGAUGUCCCUUCACCUCUGCCGUCACUUCCUGCCGGGUCAGGGUUAAAAAGAUCAAGUGGCAUGAGCAGCCUUUUGGGAAAAAUAGGAGCCAAGAAGCAGAAGAUGAGCACCCUAGAGAAGUCCAAGCUGGACUGGGAGAGCUUCAAGGAGGAAGAGGGCAUUGGCGAAGAACUAGCCAUCCACAAUCGAGGGAAGGAGGGGUACAUUGAACGGAAAGCUUUUCUAGACCGAGUGGAUCACAGGCAGUUUGAAAUCGAGCGAGAUCUCAGGCUGAGCAAAAUGAAACCCUGAUGUGAUGAGGAACCUACAGCAGCUUAAUCCUGUUUACAACGUGAGCUUUUUGUGCGUCUUUGAAAUGUUUCCCGUGUUUCCCAUUGACUGUUUCCCAGCAAGGUCUUUUUUUUCUACAUUGAAUUUCUGUCUUUGUAUCUUGAUCUCAUGUGAUGUCAUUCAUUUUACUUUUAAUAGUUUGCCUUUUAGAAACUAAAAAUAAAAAAGUACAGGUUGGUCCUGUGAGAGGCUGGUGGUGAAGCCGACAGCACUCACCCUGCCUUUGUUCUGCUAUGACGUCCACCAGGCCAAGCCGGCGCCUCCCAGGCCUGUCCCGGCCGCCAUGGUGGAGCCACUGACCAGGCUGCACGCUCGUGAACCCCCAGAGGCUGUAGGGCGGUCUCUGAGGAGGCUCGCCAGUGUUGGGGGAGCACCAAGGCCCUGGGCAGCUCCGUUCUCGGUUCCGCUCCUGCUUCUCUCCUGACCUCUUUCUCUCUCCUGGAUGGGAUUCCUAUUUGCUGGUAUAAUGUGAGGCUGAAAAUAAGGAUAUACUAUUGCUGCAUUAGAGAUUUUUUCCUUCAGCCAUUUUCAUGUUCUCAAAGUCGACUUCACGUGUGCUCUCACGUCAGUAAUGCUUUAAUUUUUGGUUUGUCAAAGAAGACUCCAAAGGACCUUUUUUUUUUUUAACUCUUUAGGAAAAUUUAAAUUCCAAACUUCAUAUUAAUAAAGCAGUAAACACCACAUCCUGCCCCUGUGGGCGGGCGGUGGGGAUGUCCUGAGUAACACGGACAGGUUUGGGGGGAGGUAGGGUUCCAAAGACUGGAAUUCAGAAUCCUGCCUGGACAUCUACCAGCUCUGUGACCUUGAGCACAGUUCAGCUUUCUGAACCUUCAUUUUCUGGUCUGUAAGUGGCCUGAGUAAUACCAGAACCUCACAGGGUCGAGAUGAGCCAGUGACAUGUGCAGGGAACACGCACAGGUCUCCCCCUGCAGUCCUCUAAUAUGUGGGCAGAACCUCAUGCAACCAAGACCUGAUUGUCAGCCGUGCAUGGCUGUGAGGUUAUGACCCUCAUUACUCACUGAGGCCAGGCUCGGUGGUCGGGCUGAUUGAGGUGUGUGCGUCUUCAGUUGAGAAUCAUCUUUUCUGUCAGAGUCUUCUUUGAACCAUAGCCCACAGUUUUUAAGAACAGGUGGAUAGUAUUUUAUCUAGCUCUUCACAUCCACACUUAGUGAAAACUAAUCUGCCUGACUCCCAAAGGAAGUGACAUCUCUUUAUCUAGGAGUCGGGAAUUGCCAGGGAAAAUGUUUGCAGGAAGUGGGGGCCUGAGUCAGCGCUGGGAGGCAGCUCAGCCCUUUGCCGGGCACCGCGCGCCUCCCUUGUCCGUGGCAUGGAUGACUGAGGAGGGCAGCCACGGGUACUUCCUGCUGGUCUGUGGAGUCCGGAGAAUCCCUGAGAGAUGAGCUUCCUGGCCUUGCUCUUGCCUUCAGUCUUUGUCUUCUUGUCCCAGAUGAACGCGUCACAUUUCCAGAGCACCUGUUACCUUCCCAUGACUGAAAAAAGCUUCCCUAAAACAGCAUAAGGUCAAAGAAUAAAAACAGCCUUCUCUAUGUGUUCUGUUCACCUAUUUCCCAAGGAACGCAGUCCUCUAAUUAGGAACUCUGCAUGAGGUCCCUAGGGGAGAAGGGCCGCAUUAAGAACUAAGUUGAGUGAGCUGUGCGCCAGUGGAGCUGAGGAGGGGAACUGGACUAGGAGCCCAGGGCCCGAUUUCAUGAGAACUGACAGGCCCAGCAGGCCAGCUGGUAGCUGGUACUGCAGAAGGAUGCAGCAAACCUCCCUAGAAAAGAGUGGCGUGAUGGUGCUGCUGGUAGCCAGGCAGGGACCAGGAAGGCCAGGUGACAGGGCUCUCCAGGUGCUGUGCUGCCUGUUGGCCUCAGCAGGACAGAGAAGGUGUGUGCGGCGUGGCUCUCUGGAGUGCGGUCUUCUUCUGGUGUUUGAUAUCAGUCUUUAGCCAGAACUGGAAUUGCUCAGGCAUGUUGGGUAAGAGUCCAUGACUUUUUUUUUUUUAAUCCCCAAAACCAAUAAACAAAUAGGAAUUGGUGUAAGAUGGGGGAAUCCUGGGGAAGGAUUCAGAAGCUCUUAGCUUCAUCAAUAAAUGAUGCGGUGGUUCCGUGUGCCUGGUGCUUCCUCACAAGUUAUCUGACCAGAAGAGGAAACUUGCCUGAGAUCAGACUGCGAAACUGCCAGCGAUCACACCUAUGUCUUACGCCUAGAGGGCAGAAGGCAGGGCGCCCUGCAGGCAAGAUGAAACAGCCUCUCACCGCCUUCUGGAUCCCAGCUCCUGGUUGGAGGAUUCACGUUGGAAAGGAAAGAUUUGAGUGCGAGGGGACAGAGCAGCCAAAGAUGAAGAGAUGCUUCCAGUUGAGAAGAAUGGCAGCUGGCACCCUCUGGUGCCAGAAGCUUGUGUCAGAAGUCCACCAAAGGCUUGGGCGCACUGGCUUCAGCUUCCAGUGCUCUGUGACCUGGGGCGGCGUCUGAACCUCUCUUUGGGGAAGAGUGCUGCCUCACGUAGACACCCUCAGGCUUUGGGCACACAAGCCAGUGGGGAGGCAUAAGCCCUGCCCCAGAACCAAGCUUCUGUGCUACACGGUGUAGGCAGUGUUGCCCUCUCCUCUUUGGGAUGCUGCCUGGUUUCAGCGAGUGAGGGGACGAGGGGCUGGUGCCCAGGUGACAGUACCUUGGAGAGUCGAGGUAUCCUAAAUGCCAUCCCACUGCACCUCCUUCCCUGGGCACACAGGUGUACCCAGGGUUCCUGCUUCAGGCUUUCCUGCAAAGUCUUUUCUUUUUUUCUGCAGCUUUUUUUUUCAUGCCCUCUUAAGGCAACUUAGAUCCAACAGGACCACCAGAUGCAAUCUUUUUUUUUUUUUUUUUUUUUGCGGUACGCGGGCCUCUCACUGUUGUGGCCUCUCCCGUCGCGGAGCACAGGCUCCGGAUGCACAGGCUCAGCGGCCAUGGCUCACGGGCCCAGCCACUCCGCGGCAUAUGGGAUCCUCCCAGACAGGGGCACGAACCCGUAUCCCCUGCAUCGGCAGGCGGACUCUCAACCACUGCGCCACCAGGGAGGCCCCAGAUGCAAUCUUUGUGCACACGAAGUUGACCACUGAGGGAAAGUGGGCUGUGGAAGUCCGGAAGAUUCCACCCUGGUGCCCUGCAGCCUGGAAUUGCCCAGUCCCCAGAGACUCUCCUUUCCAGGGCCCCUCUCCAUGGUCUGCUGGUGAGCUUUCAUUGUUGUACCCUCAGAAAGCUGAUGGUGUAGACAGAUCUACGCUCAAGUAAGGGACAAGGUGGCUGUGUCAGGGAGGGAAGGGAGAAAUGUAACAUGAGGAGAACACUGUCAACAUCUUACAGUGGGUUUGGCGUCCUGCCUCUAACCUUAGAUUGUAGCCCUGCCAUCCGGGUUGAGUCCCUCCCUCUGUGUCUCAGAUUCCUUGUCUUCAAAAGGUUUCUGAGAAUGCUUAAUAAUCCUGCUCUGCCUACCUCACAGUAUUUUAUUAAAUGAAAUACGUUAUCCAAGUGUUAAGUUACUCUAAUUAAAUUGCACACUAAAGGCUCCCCGCUCCCGAAGACAGCCAGGCUUCUGUGAGUAUAAAUUAGCACCGCCUUGAAGAACACUUUGGCGAUGUCUCAUGAAUCUGGAGCUGCACUCGACCUGUGACACAGCAGCUCUGCUCUUGGCUUAACGUCCUAGAGAAGCACCAGCAUGUGCACAAGGAGGCAGGCUCGUUGGUGACAGUAAAACCCUGGAAACCCCGCAGUGCCCAUCAGGAGAAGGGGCCAGUUGUGAAAUAGCCACGCAGUGAAAUACAGUACAGCCAUGACACGACCGGGCCAGGGCUGCAUGCCUCAACACAGAUGAACCUCUUAAGCAGCAUUGAUGCAAAACACCUAACGUACAAUCCCAGUUAUACAAGUUCAAAAGCAUGUGAACAUAGAGGUGAUGGUUGCCCAACAUUGUGAAUGCACUAAAUGCCACUGAAUUGUACACUUUAAAAUGGUUAAGUUUAUGUUAUGUGAAUUUCACCUCAAUAAAAUUUUUAA